CUAGCUUUCUCCAUUAAUGUAACUCCCCACGCGGUACGGAGUAUAUAGUAGUAUUAGUAGUACUAGUACAUGUGUCUCUGUGCAAUGCUGGGCCCAAUCGGACUAUCCAUUGUCCCGGCCCGCUUCCGCAUUCCGCAUUCCGCAGCUCCAGACUGUCUUUCGUCCGCAUCCAGCAAACAACACGCUUGUAAGGAUAGCUCAUUAUUCACCUUAAUAUCCUUACAAGUAACCCACCAUGCUAGGCGCAGCAGCAUCCCGGCACGCUGUUGCCAUUCCCAGGACCCUUGCACAUCGCCAUCAUCAACAUGCAUUCUCAUUCUCGACACGCUCAAUACCCUCCAUCCUCCGUUCACGACCGACCGGUGCUCCCACAUCCCUCCUACGAAGCGUUCAACCCACCACCAUCCAGACCCGUCCCCUCUCCUUCGCGCAGAGGAUGAAGCGCGGGUACCAGGAAGCCUCCCGUGGCAUUUGGCGCAAUAACCCCAUCCUCCUUCCCCUCGCCCUGCUCUCCGUCGCCACCGCAACUGCAAUCUUUAGCUACAUCGCCUACAAGGAAGCCACUGAAGUCGGCCCGCAAUACCACAAGUUCCCGCCACCGGUCGCGGAACGUCUCCGUACGGCAAUCUACUAUACCGAUGUGAAGCUGAACCCCGUUAAAGCCAUUGACGCAUACAGCGAGGCAAUCAAGUUAGCAACGGAACUGCACAUGCACCCCUACUCGGACGAAGUGAUGGGGAUCAGGUUGCAGGUGUCGAAGUGUCUGGAGAUGGCGGGGCUAGUGCCGGCUGCUAUUCAAGUCUUAGAGAAGACACGAGCGGAUGCAUAUCACUGGGUGAGGACAAGGAUGGAAACAGAGGCUUUCAAGAAUGGUGAAAGCGACUAUUUCUUCGCCCGCGGGCCCUCCGCGGAGAAAGGCGAACUGGCCGCUGGUCCAAUGAAAGUCGAUCCCGCCAUUGCAGAAACAUAUGAGAAGAUGAAAGAGGCGGAAAUCUAUGAAUAUGGACAGGUGGAGAAAACGCUCGCCAAGGUUGUGGGUAUGUCCAUAAAGCUCGCGGAACUAUAUAAGAGCGAUUAUAUCCAGGAUGAUAAAAAGGCCGAAGAGGCCCUCGAAUUUGCCGUUCAACUAUCCCUCGGCGAAGUGCAACGUCGACACCAAGCCAAACUCCCCAUCGGCGGUGGCAACUGGAUGACUCUUACGGAGAUCGGAACCGCUCUAUCCGAGUUGGGCCAACACUAUGCCUCCCAGGGGAAGUUGGACCUUUCAUUGCCCUUGUAUCUGCGCGCCUUUGACCUCAUUAAUGCCAACGAAGGUGGAACGCCGUCCUGCAAGCAGGUCACCCUCAUGUACAAUAUCAGUGCUUGUAUCGGCAACCCAGCUUUAGAUGGUGUCUCGCCAUCGUCGGACCCGGGUGUUUCGCGUGCUGAGGCUAUCGAGGCGACACGCAAGUGGGCUCAGGGCGCGAUUGAGAGGGCUGGGAAGGUCGAACCCUCCGAAGAAUCUGUGGAGUGCGAUUACAGCUGUGCGGCGGCCAAGGUUAUGUUGGGACAAUUGGCGGUGUUUCAUAAUAAACCAGAGGAGGCACUGAAGUAUUAUUAUGAGGGCAAGGAUAUUUACGACCGCAUAGAAGCCCUUUCCGAUGCGGAGGAUGUCUCAAGGCUUAUUAAGGAUCUUGAAAAGAAGAAGAAAUGAUUGAAUUUGGUGGAUGCGGAUCAGAUUUAUGAGGUUUGUGUUGACGAGGCUGAUCAAGACCAACGUCCACCAGCACGCGGGUGCAAUGUCACUGCCCUUCUCGUGGGGAAUCGAAUUGCGGUCGUCAACCCUCAUCCAAGUCUACGAGACAACACAACAGUGAGUCAGCGUCUGAAUGUUUCCAUUCAAUUUAUCACGUUCGUUUUAACCUGAUCGAGCCCGCUAAGUUAGGUGCAGGUGCUUCGUUGUCUUGAAGCAAGAAUUUCGUGAAGGGCUGUGAUGAGAUGGCCCAGAGGCUGCCCUAUCCUCUUUCCUCUGACAUCACGGAUCUUUCUUCUGGCGCACGUCUCAAGUUAUCAGUCAGCCCCCGUAGCCUUCACUAGCGAUGUAUUCUACUACCCUUAUCUCAUCACCUGUACGGUAUAUAUUGGCGGAGAAAUCAUUUGAUUACGUCCAGAAAUCCUCUCUUCUUCUCCCCGACCUCCCUAUAGUUUUCUCAUCCCAGCCCAG